GGGUUCAAAUUUUGUGCUUAUCCGCGAAGUUAAUACGAUAAUAAAUUCAUUUCAUUGAAUACAGGAGUAAAGAAAAAAUCCGAGUACCAUGUACCGUAACCUAAAUCACCUGUCAAACAGAUUUGACAACGCCAGUCAGUCGUAUAAAACCAUAAUGUACGACGAAGAGGACGAGACCCUCUUCGUCCCGGACGACGUCAACAGGAUCAUCAAGAACACAAUAGAAACCAAUCUGGGCGAUGGCGAGUACAAACAAGAGCGCAUCCAAAUGUGGACCUCCAACAUAUCCGAGCAGAUACUCUCGUUGCUGAGUAAAUUGAACAAGUUGUUCAAAUACAUCGUCACCUGUUCGAUACUGCAGAGGAGCGGCGCCGGGCUGCACACGGCCAGUACUUGCUAUUGGGACAAUUCCACCGAUGGAGUUUGCACUGUCAGAUGGGAGAACAAGAACUUGUACUGCAUAGUCAGUGUCUACGGUGUGGCUAUUUGAAUUGGGGGAUUUUUCUAAUUUAGUGCAGGCUAGUUUU